UCGUGCUCCAAGCUGUACCUGUUCGAUCAUCAACUCGAUCAUGCAGGGUCUUGUGGUGUGCCUUGCGCUAUCCGUGCAAGUGCUAGUUGCCGAGGCCGCCGGCCUCCGCCGCGGGCCGCCGGCGAUGUACGUGCUCGGGGACUCGAUCCUGGAUGUCGGCAACAACAACUACCUGCCGGGGGCGGACGUUUUCAGAGCCAACAGGCCCUACUACGGCAUCGACUUCCCCGGCAGGAUUCCUACCGGGAGGUUCAGCAAUGGCUUCAACACCGCUGACUACAUCGCAAAGAGCAUGGGGUUGGUGCGUAGCCCUCCUCCUUACCUCUCGCUGGCACCCAACAACUUGAGCCUUGUUCUGGCCGCUCUCACCACUGGUGUCAGCUAUGCUUCCGCAGGUGCUGGCAUCCUCGACUCCACGAAUUCGGGCAAGUGCAUCCCGUUAUCCAGGCAGCUGGAGUACUUCAACGCCACCAGGGCUAAGAUGCUCGCCGCGGCGGGCUCCCCGGCGGUGACCGCCCUGCUCUCCAAGUCCAUCUUCCUCGUCACCUUCGGCAGCAACGACCUGUUCGUGUUCGCGGCCGCGGAGCAGGCAAGCAACAGGUCGGAGGCCGAACAGCAGAGCGACGCCGCCACGCUCUUCGCCGACCUAUUCUCAAAAUACUCGGCCGCCAUCACGGAGCUGUACGCGAUGGGCGCCAGGAAAUUUGCCAUCAUCAACUUGGGAGUACUCGGGUGCGUGCCGGCGGUGCGGGUGCUCGACGCGGCGGAAUCGUGCUCCGCCGGCCUAAACCAGCUCGCCGCAGGCUUCGACGACGCGCUCCGGUCACUGCUCGCCGGCCUCGCCCCCAGGCUGCCGGGCAUGGUCUACUCCCUCGCCGACUCCUUCGGCCUCACGCAGGACACCUUCGCGGACCCGGAGGCGUCGGGGUACACCGACAUCGCCGGCGCGUGCUGCGGCAGCGGGCGGCUGCUAGCCGAGGCGGACUGCAUGCCCAACUCUACGCUCUGCGCCGCCGACCGCGACCAGCACGUCUUCUGGGACCGCUACCACCCUUCCCAGCGGGCGUCCCUUCUCACGGCCCAGGCAUUCUACGACGGGCCGCCCAAGUACACUGAGCCCAUAAAUUUCAUGCAGCUGGCCCAGUCCACCUAAUGGACUAGAUUGUGCUCACAUAUACACAUACAUAUAUGUAAUAAUAAUAAUCCUGUCUGAGAAAAACAUAUAAAUGUAAUCGAGAAUAAAAUUUACUGCUCCCUCCGCUCAACUUUGUAUGACAUUUCAGACAGGAAAAUGAAGCUGCAAGCAGAUCAAAUUUGCUGUCUGAAACUUCAUAUAAAGCUGAUUGGAGGUGGUACUAAUAAGUCAACCAAGGUCCAAGACUAGCUAGCUACAGGAAUAAAUAAAUGAGUAAUUGUAUUUUACAUAUAAAAGUAUAUAAACACACUGUAAGGUUAACUUGGUCCACGCAUGGAAUCACUAAGAUGUACUGUUUACUUCAAUUUCCCACCUGUUGUUGUUCUUUAUUUAUUCAGGAAUAAU